CAAGAGAGUAUGGUCGUGAAUUUGUGUGUUGUGUGUGUUUUUAUGUUGCUCACGAAGAUUUCUUGUUGACAGUGCUGGUUGAAUUUAUUCGGCAUUCUUGCCACUUUUGGGAAAAGAUACGAGUAGUUUGAAUGCUUUCAUCUUGCCUUUUUGGCAGACACUUUUAGUUCUCGACCCUCUUCCGUAUGUUUCACUAGCCCAGAAUCAACAAAGCUACUAUGGUUGUCGAAGCAGAAGCUCCCGCGGUAAAGGAGUCUGCCGCGGCCGCGCGUCGCCGCAGAAAGAAGGCGGCUCAACAAAAGGAAAGCAACAAAAACAGGGGCGGGGCUACUACAGCUGUGAGGAAGAACAAAAAAAAGAAAAACAACUACUGGGACAAAAAACAAUAUGGUGAUAAUUAUGCCUACAGUGGCUGGACGGGCGGUCGUGGGAAGUCGUAUUCUACUUCUACCAGCAAGAACGGCACCAACAGCGCAGCCACCGGGCCACAUGCACCCACAUCUUCAACAGCAUGGAGCACGGAGCACCAAUCGCAAGCAGAGCCGAUGCAAAACAAGCCACCACAAUUUGCAAAUGUACAAGCGGACGAUCACUGUGAAACGCCCAAGGUCGCGUACGAAGACGUCGCGGGCUUGCUGGAUGCGUAUGUCGACUGGCGAAAUUCAUCCACGAUGCGCCGCGCGACGAGCGAAAAUGCCUGUAGUCCCUCUCUUGCUGGCGAUAAUUGUUCCUCGUCGUCCUCUACUUCAUCAUCCAGCAAACCUUCAACACAAAAGCUGACCCGCGCCGGUUUGCGCCUGUACGAUCCGUAUUUCUGUACCGGGAAGAUGAAGACGCACUUGGCGAAUCUGGGGUUCCACGAUGUCUACAACGAGCCCGUGAACUGCUACUCGCAGUGGAAGGAAGAGACUACCAGGAAGAGCUUGAUUGACUCGUUCGAUGUGCUGAUUACCAACCCGCCCUACUCGGGCGACCAUCUGCUGAAAUUGCUGGACUUCUGCCGGAAAAAAUGCAAAGUGGCUCCGGCCAAAGCAGCAGAAGCCGCUGCCGUAGUACCUCCGUCAUCUGCAACUCGUGGUCCACCGGAGCAGUCCGAGGGCGCGAACAAGAAGAGGACCACCGCAGAGAUUUUGGACAACGAAAGUCAGCCACUGCAGGAGAACGUCGGAACAACAAGCGUCAAGAACACAUCAGAAGAUGGAGAUGCACACCCACCUCUUCUUCCGUACAACGGCAAGCUCUUUCUCCUCUGUUUGCCGAAUCACUAUUACAUCAAGUAUGCGAAUUUGUGUCGGGAAAUGCGGUACGUGGUCCCCUCCACAAGGUAUUCCUACGCACGCUACUUUGGAAGCAGCGCGAAAACUGCCCCCUUUUCGAGUUUGUGGUAUGUCUUCGCGGAUCAAGCCUUUUUCGACUUUCUGGAUGACAGGAUGUUGAAUCAACCGCUUAGGAAACCACCAUCUACAGUUCCUUUUGCAAAGGCUCAACCGACCGCGGGUCCUACUUCCGGCGGCACUUCUAGUGCUGCAGCAACUAUGUCGUUUGCCGAGCAGUUGCUCAUGGCAGAUAAUGAGGAAGAUGCAGAUGCUGGAGAAAAGGAAGACGGGAAAAGCAUCCCCCGGUGCGGCCAGAACUGCGCAAGCAUGAGUUUUCAGUUGGUGACCGCUGACAAGAUUCCUGACCUAUGGAAGUGCGACGAAGAUCCCACAAAGAAGUACGUGAAAAAAGAAAAGAACUCCAAGGGUCUGCAGGUCUUUGCAAAAUGCGGACAGACACUCGGAAACUGUAAACACACACGAGGAGUGGAACUGAACAAUUCGACAGCAGAAUCAUUGCCACCGGGUGCGCUACAGAAAGAAGAAAAGCAAGCGAGAAUGACAAAGGAAAAAGGUGCAGUUACGGUUACUGACGACAAAGAAGCUCCGCUUGUCGCGGCUGAAAAUACCGGCGAUUCAGCGAAGAAGAAAAAAAAGAAGCGAAAAGUGGUAGGCUCGUAGCUGAUGAAUUGUGCAAAUGUAUUGAUUUUCCACAACAGACAACCUGCAAAAUUAUGAUUUACAAAAGCGACAUUUACAACAGUCAUUCCAAAAAUCGCAACGAGCUUGCUGAUCUUUCCAGAAGCCGCUCGGACGAUGAAGUCACACAACGGAUCUCUUCCACAUCAG